GAGUAGAUGAGCAAAUAUCUCUGGGUUUUGUGACGACAAUUUGUGUGCAGCUCUAGAGAUCUGUAACUUGCAGUGUUAAAUUGAACAGCAUCUAGUACAGAAAUCAAAGAUGAGUUUCGUAUCUAUGGCUAUUGUGGCAAUAUUUUUGGUCAUUUCUUUCAAUAUUUUGGGAAUGACUUCAGGUCUGCACGGCGCUCACAGCAUACACAAGCGCGGCAUAGCCCUGUUGUGUUAUCAGAUGGAACAGACGUUGAACUCCAGCUGCUUGGCCUAUCUAGGCUACGGGUGCUUCUGCGGACCUGGUGGUCACGGUACCCCAGUGGAUGACGUGGACAGGUGUUGCCAGACCCACGACGCCUGUUAUGGUCAGGAUAAGUGUAAAAAGUCCUGGUACGACUAUUUCGUCCACUAUAGCGUCAAAUGUCCAGAAGGAAGCUGCCAAUGUACAGAUUCACCAGUCACCUCUCCCUGUGCCCACACAGCCUGUGAGUGUGACCGUGUUUUUGCCGAGUGUCUGCGGGCUACUAAACACCUGGUGAACCAAACCCACAAGUCCUACGACAAGAAGAAGUGUUAAACUCAUGUUCACAGCCGUCACAGCCGUGUCAAUUAUUUCAGUGACGUGGCGUUUAAUUCUCGCAUUAUCACAAUACAUUGACAAAGAAUUAGUAACAUUGGAAAAGCUCUGGCUUUUGAUCUACAAAUUUUUGUUCAGUGGCGUCGCUAAGGUUGUUUCACCCGGUGCGGUUAGCAAAAUAUUGUUACCACAACACAACCUUUAAAAGCCACCUUGCUUAACUAGCAAUAAACAAAUAAAUCCAUUUAAAAGCAAAAACAAAGCUUAUAUUAGGUGUAGUUAAAUCAAUGAGUUUGAUUCAGUCAUUGUAAUAGAUCUAGAGUAACAAUAAAUUUGUGCGAUUAGAUAUUUUUACCAAUUGUUAUUGUUUUGUCCAAUUUCAUGCUUUUAGCUUUGUCGAUACGCUAUGAUCCUAUCACGUGUCUGGACUAGUUAGGAAAAUGGUU